AUGGACUGGCAGAGGCACUGGACACUGUUCCAGUCUGCCACAAGCCCUAGCGAGCGCAGCUGGUGGGCCGGAAAGGCGCUACAGAGCGGCAGCGACAACGAGAAUGCAGUCGAGCUGGAUGAGUUGCGGCAGGCCUGUCAGCAGGCGAGACCAAUCUUUCUUUCUCCUCGCGUCUUUGGCAUGGUGUGGCUGGACGAGGAUGCACACUGGACCGAGAUCCAGAACGAAGGCUGGAAGAUUGAGGACUUCAUCACAAUGCCAGACGGAACGCUCAACUGGCAACGAUUGACCAGCAACGAGGCGCUAGGGAGCAUGGACCGCGGCAAAGGCCUCGCCGAGCGGGUCAUCACGUCCGACGACGACGACUUCCUUCGGGCUGCCCCAUUCCUGCGCAAGGUCAGCCUCUUCGUGCACCGCUCGUGGCUCGGCCGCAUGCCAGCCUUGCGCUUCGCCGAGCUCUACCAGCACCGUUUCACCAUCACCGCCAGACCAGAGGGCCUUCUACCCCUGAGGCAGUUCUUCACUGAGACGUAUGCGCUGAUGUGCGGUAGCGAUGUCUAUGCCUCGCGAGCCCAGUGUGACCCGAGUCUCAUCCCGCGCAAGCUCAACGAGCUCUUGGUCGCCGAAGAAAUCGUCAACGCGAUUGGUGUCGAAAAGAUGUUCUUCAUUCGACUGCUCAUCGGGCCACUGUCCAGCCUCAACCUUCGCAACCUGCUGUGGCACGGGUUCCUCGUGCCUCCCGAGUUCCACGCCAGCUACACCUCGCUGAUGAUGCUGGUCUACCUGAGCAUCGCCGAUGCCCUGUGCAAGUGGGACUACACGCCGCGUCCGCUCAUCGACCUUUCAGGCGCACGCUACCCCAACAUGCCUCCUUCGCUUCACCUCUUCCAGGAGCACACGGACUACGAGCGCGUGGAGCGUUUGAUCGAGCGCAGCUUCUUCACUCUCCCCACCCAGCACCCAGUGCUCCGGGAGAUGCUCGCCCAGCACCAGAAGGGCCACUACGCCAACACGUUGGUGCUCCUCUUUCAACAGAUGGAGAAGUGCAUCCGGCGCAUCUACUCCAUCGUCAACAACUGCCCGGAGACCAUCCUCUCCGCAGAAAGUGAUGUGCUCUACACGACGCUGGACAUUCUGCUGGCUUCCAGCGUUGGGGAGAAGGAGAACAGGAACUUGAUCUACGAUGAGCUGGGUGAUCACAAUACCAACGUACUUUUAGACACCUUCAUCUGGGCCGACUCGGUGCGCGUGCGCGACGUGCUGGCCCAUGGCGCGGCGGUGCCGGAGCCGAUUCCGGUGCAGUUGGUCGACUCUGCGUUGGCUUCGUUCAUCGCCCUGUGCCUUAAGUACGACAUCGAUAACACAAGCGCUCGAGCCCAGCAGCAAAGCGAAGUAGACGAGAAGAGUCGAGACAAGGAGAAGCUCGGGGAGAGGGCAUACGUCGUCUCGUUGAACUGCGACUCGAUAACGAAGAGCCACCUGUUCGUGGCGAACUACCAGCCGGCUUACCACCCGCGGGCCUACCUGAAGGAGAGGAUGAAGAAGUGCUACGCGCAGCUCAUUCACCUCAAGGCCCUCGACGAGAGGCUCAAGGCGAGCCCUGUGCCCAACGGCCUGAAGCCUCAGACAAGCGAAGGCGCCGACGAGACGAGUGCGAGAGAAGGUGGUACCACCUUCACGCUCGAGGGCGUGGAAGCCGAGGCGGUGCGGAUGGCGCAGCAGCUGCAGGAGGCGAUCAUGAAGCGAUACGGCGCGCUCUGCUUCCUCCCCGGUGGGUUCCUGCCGAUCGACUACGUGCUACUUGAUGGCGAUGGGCGAGCGAGCGAGGAACGGGGGAGAACAGACGACGAGGAGGAGGAGGUCGGAUCCAAGUACCGGAUGACGGCACACUUCUCGCUUCGGGAGCAGAGCAAGGUGGAGAUACUCAGCACGUUGGCAGACCAGGUGGCGUCCUUCUUGCGUGAGGUCGCAGAGAAGUACUCGAGCCUCUACGACAUGGUGGCGUCCAGGAAGGACAGUUGUCGCUUCAUGCUGAUCGCUUCGGUGAUCUUGCUCCUGGUGACCGACGAGUGCGCGCAAAGCGAGGAGGCGAGAGGUGACUUCGCACUGCUCUGCAAGAACUGCUCGGGAUCGCUCGAGUCAUGCGCUAAGACGACAAAGUGGAAGCGAAUCGUGGAAGUGUUUGCCGCGUUCUUGGGCUUCCACACGCUGUUCGACUAUCGAAAGAGCCUGUUGAGCCAGAAGGAGGCGCAGAAGUUCGACGUUAACUUCGCUGCUUACGUGACGCAGAUCAUUAAGGAGAAGCGUACGUGA